GGGACCUACAUAAAAAGGAAUGACCUCGUCCACGUUCUUCUCAUUUUGACAAUUUUGGCACGAAUUUUCAGACUUUUCAUUUCAAACUGCUCUUAUUCGUUUUUCUUUUCUUUUGAUAAGUUUAAAAAAAUGGUCAUUUUCCUCUCGCCUAUAUAAUCCACUAUCCUCUUCCACCCAGAAAGAUAUCUUCCAAACUCAUAUAAUAAUCCAUCAGACUGAUCCGUUUCCUCCGUAAAUCUUCCAGAUUCGUGUUGUGUUUAGCUCGGAAGAGAGAUAUGGGAAGCACUCCAGCUGAAUUACCCUGCGAGGAUGUCGCCGAUAACAGAUCCGGCGUCGGAGGCGGCAUUUCCGACGUGUACGGUGAGGAUUUAGCCACGUUGGACCAGCUCGUCACCCCCUGGGUUACCUCCGUCGCCAGUGGCUACUCGUUGAUGCGUGAUCCGCGAUACAACAAGGGACUUGCAUUCACGGAUAAAGAAAGAGAUGCACAUUACUUGACUGGUCUUCUUCCCCCUGUGGUUUUAACCCAGGAUGUUCAGGAGAGGAAGCUGAUGCACAAUCUCCGCCAGUACACUGUUCCCCUGCAGCGUUACAUGGCCCUGAUGGAUCUUCAGGAAAGGAACGAGAGGUUGUUCUAUAAGCUAUUGAUUGAUAACGUGGAGGAGUUGCUUCCAGUUGUGUACACACCAACUGUUGGUGAGGCUUGCCAGAAGUAUGGUAGCAUUUUCAGGAAGCCACAGGGUCUCUACAUCAGCUUGAAAGAGAAGGGCAAGAUUCUUGAAGUGUUGAAGAACUGGCCCCAGAGAGGGAUUCAAGUUAUCGUUGUUACUGAUGGUGAGCGGAUCCUCGGUCUUGGAGAUCUUGGUUGCCAGUGCCUUCCGAUCACCAUCGAUGUGGGUACAAACAAUCAGAAGUUGCUGGAUGAUGAAUUUUACAUUGGCCUUAAACAGCGAAGAGCAACUGGCCAGGAAUAUGCAGAGUUUCUACACGAGUUCAUGUGCGCUGUUAAACAGAACUAUGGAGAGAAAGUGUUGGUACAGUUUGAAGAUUUUGCAAACCACAAUGCCUUUGACCUUCUGUCUAAGUACAGCACCAGUCAUCUUGUCUUCAAUGACGAUAUCCAGGGUACUGCAUCAGUGGUGCUUGCUGGGCUUAUUGCCGCUCAGAAGGUGCUUGGUAAAAGCCUGUCUGACCAUACCUUCUUGUUCUUGGGUGCCGGAGAGGCUGGAACCGGUAUUGCUGAGCUAAUUGCUCUCAAGAUUUCGAAAGAGACUGGAGCUCCCAUCGAUGAGACCCGGAAGAAGAUUUGGCUCGUGGACUCAAAGGGACUGAUCGUUAGCUCGCGCAAAGAGUCGCUUCAGCACUUCAAGCAGCCAUGGGCGCAUGAGCACGAACCUGUUAAGGACCUCAUCGGUGCCGUGAAUGCAAUCAAGCCAACCGUUCUCAUUGGAACCUCUGGUGUGGGUCAGACUUUCACAAAGGAAGUUGUCGAGGCCAUGGCUACCAACAACGAGAAACCGUUGAUUCUUGCUCUCUCAAACCCUACAUCUCAAGCUGAGUGUACCGCAGAACAGGCUUACACAUGGACCAAUGGUCGUGCGAUCUUUGGAAGUGGAAGCCCGUUUGAUCCUGUUGAGUACGAUGGCAAAACUUACUUGCCUGGCCAGGCAAACAACUGUUACAUUUUCCCGGGUCUUGGUCUUGGUUUGAUCAUGUCCGGUGCAAUUCGUGUCCGUGAUGACAUGCUCCUCGCAGCUUCUGAAGCAUUGGCCGCCCAAGUCACGGAAGAGAACUUCGCCAACGGCCUGAUCUACCCUCCAUUCGCAAACAUCAGAGAGAUCUCUGCUAACAUUGCAGCCAGUGUCGCCGCCACAACCUAUGACCUCGGAUUGGCGUCGAACCUCCCACGUGCAAAGGAUCUAGUAAAGUUUGCAGAGAGCUGCAUGUACAGCCCUGUGUACAGAAACUACCUGAUCAGGUUACACAGCAAGGAAGAGUUGAAGUUUGAAACUGCAGCUAUGGCGCUUAACCCUCAAUUGCUCCCCAAUGGGAUGCCUAUUCCCUUUGUUAACGAAAUGUUCGUUCUAGUCAGAGAUGGGGUUGAGUUUGAAGUCGACAAGAUCCCUGGAGGGCAUGGAGGUCAUGUUAAGGCCAAGGGAGUGAUAUAUCUGUCUAAUAUACGGUUGGUCUUUGUUGCAAGCAAGCCUGUUGAGAACUUUGUUGCCUUUGACAUGCCCAUGCUUUACAUCCACGCCGAGAAAUUCAAUCAGCCAAUAUUCCAUUGCAACAAUAUUUCUGGUCAAGUGGAGCCUGUGGUACCAGAGAACGAGCAUAGAGCUCUAUAUUCAACACACUCAUUCAAGAUCAUAUUUAAGGAAGGUGGUUGCGGGACGUUUGUUCCUCUGUUCUUGAAUCUCAUAUCAUCAGUGAGACAGUACAAUAGACAAAUGCAACAAGCAGCAGAAGCAGCAGCGGCAGCUCCACGUGUGGAUCCUCUUCAAGCCGCUCAGACCCCUGUGGAUGAGAUGAUGAGACAUGCGUACGUGGACCCGAAUGAUCCAACGAAGAUAUAUCUGCAGCAGCCAUCAGGGGAAUCUCAGUUGAGGCGGAGAGCCUACCAUUCGAGUGCAGCAGAACAUUGACAUAUACACGGAAACUGCAAGAGGGUGGUGGAGAAUAGCAACAGAUUAGUGUUGCAAAUAAUCUUAAAUGUUGUUACUUUGUUUAAACUUUAAACUUAAAAAACGAAACCGCUUGUGUAGUGAGAAAAGAUAAGUCGUGUUGUGGUUGUAGCUGGUUAAAAUUGGAUUCUCUAUAAUUAAAAAGUUUGGUUUGGUUUGGUUUGGUUUGGUUUGGUUUGUACCGCACAAAUUGAGGUUUAUUCACAAGAAAACAACAAUCUGAAUUUUUUUUUCUUCCAAUCAAAUCAAAAGUUUUCACUUUUCA